CUUCAGAAAACUUUCAUUUAACUAAAAAAUUCGUCGUGUGCGAAACGAUUUUUUCUUUUGUCAUAUACAAAAAAUUUACAAAUCUAUUGACCCGUUAGCUAGCGUACGGGUGGACAAGGCAUUGUAAUCGAAAGGAAAGUUUGGAAGUGCAUAAUCAAUGGCCAACCAAAAUGGACAAUUAAUUUUACAAGCGUUGCAGAAUCUGGACGAGCCCGCAACAGUUAUGAAAAUUGUAACUCACAUCGCAGAUACGGCUGGUGUGCAUCCCAAUGAUGUGAAAGAAUCAGUGGAAGAAACUUUAAAUGGGGGCGUGCGCUAUGGCUAUAUACAACGCUCUAACCGAAAAUACUAUGCCGCACCUGUUGACUUGGACAUUAUGGACAGCGAACCUGAAGAUAAGAAUUACAAGGAUAAUGGCGAGUUGGAAGAUCGCGGUGGUAGGCGACGAAGUCGCAGCCGCAGACGACGCAACUCACGACGUGGCUCCCGACGUCGUCGUCGCCGCUAAGCUAUACUAGGAAAUCGGUACGAUUUAUAAUGACUAAUUUGAAUUUGUGUAUUUUGAUGUAGCUUAAUAUGUAUGCUUCCUUUUAUAUACAUACAUAUUAACAUAUUUUGUGAAAAUUGUGUAAAUGUACAAAAAAAAUUAUAAUUUCGAUAAAAUUUGUAGAGACAUAAAA